UUCAUUAUCAAUCAGAGCUCAACGAUUUACUGGAUCUAUGGCGAGUGUGUACCGGAAGUUGGCAAUAUGCGGUGGUGAAGGAGGAAAAGAAUGGGACGACGAUGUAUACGAAGGUGUAAGACAAGUGUAUGUAGGGCAAGAUCGAUCACGUAUCACUUACAUCAAAUUUGACUACGUGAAGGUAGACGGUGAAGUUGUAACACGUGAAUAUGGGACGCAAGGUCAACACACUGAUGAGUUUGUUGUAGUUCAACAUCCGGACGAAUACAUCAUAGCGGUGGAGGGAAGCUACAAGAAAGUGGGUCUCCUUGGCACAGACGUGAUCACAUCUCUCCUCUUUAAGACUUCAAAGGGUAGAAAGUCUCCGAGGUUUGGUUCAAACUUGCUUGGACUUGGGAAUGGUACGAAGUUUGAGUUUGAGGAUCAAGGAAAGAAGAUCGUAGGGUUUCAUGGACGUGCGGGUGAUGCUCUCGACGCUCUUGGAGUUUACAUUGCACUUGACUCUGUCACCACGUCAUUGUUUCCUGUUUACAAGCUGGAUGCUCAAGGUGGUACAGAGGGACGUGUUUGGGAUGAUGGCUCUUACGACGCGGUUAAAACGGUGCGCAUCGGUCAAGAUGCUCAUCGUAUCACUUACUUGGAGUUUGAGUACGACAAAGGUGGGAAGUCAGAGAAACUUCACCAUGGGGAGAAAGGAGGAACACUAUCCGAGUUUGUGCUUGAUUUCCCGGAUGAAUAUAUCAAAUCGGUGGAAGCAACCUAUGAUAAGCCAAACCUUUUUCAACACACGGUCAUCACGUCGCUCACCUUCCAAACAUCAAAAGGGAGAGCAUCAUCCUUUGGGUACACAAAGGGAAAGAAGUUUGUUCUUGAGCAAAAGGAUCGUCGCCUUGUUGGAUUUCAUGGAAAAGAAGGUGACGCUGUUGAUGCUAUAGGAGCAUAUUUUGCACCUAUUACUGCUCCUACUCCUGUGAUUCCAGCCAAGAAACUACCAUCCGUUGGAGGCAACGGAGGAGUUGCAUGGGAUGAUGGUGUUUACGACGGUGUAAGGAAGAUAUACGUUGGACAAGGUAAUGAUGGUGUAUCCUUUGUCAAGUUUGAGUACACUAAGGGAACAGACUUGGUAUCUGGAGAUGAACAUGGAAAAGCGACAAUACUCGGAGCUGAAGAGUUUGUUCUCGAGGAUGGUGAAUAUCUCACGGCUCUGGUAGGAUACUUCGAUAAAAUCUAUGGAGUGGAUGAACCAAUAGUUAUCUCUCUUCAGUUCAAGACAAACAAAAGGGAGUCAAGUCCGUUUGGAAUGGAUUCAGGUGAGAAGUUCACUCUUGGGGAGGAUGGUUACAAGAUCGUUGGGUUCCACGGACAAGCUAGUGAUGUCAUCCACAGUGUUGGAGUCACUAUCGUGCCCAUCACAACCACUGAGUGAAAAAUGCUUCUACUAUCUUUAUCAAAACCAGCCAGUCAUGUCGGUUGGUUAAUAAAACUUUCAAUAAGACAUGUGUGUGUUGUUUUCUUAUUUCCUACGUUCAAUAAACCUAUAAGCUUCUUUCUCCAGGCUAGUGAUGAAUGGAGUAAAAAUUGGAGGGUGCCAAUGGUUAUAUCAAUCAGUUCUGGCAUUGCUGUUAUGAAUUAUGACUAAUAAUAUCAAAUAAAAACUUAAUUUGGC